AUGACCGAGUCCCUUAUGAGGGCGGUGGCACGGCAGGUCUGGCGGGGCCUGGGAGUUCUGGGCAGGGAUCUCAGCGCUGUCUUGCAGCUGGUGCCCUUCACGGUGUCGCGGGCGCGGGACGCCAUCCUUUUUGUCGCCGAGUGGCGGUUCCUGGUGCGGGACGAGGGGGACCCGGACCCCGGGGGGGACCCGCUUUCCUGGGGGGACACGGAUCCUGAGAGAGACGGAAUCUGGAAGGAGGACGAGGAGCCCCAAACGUGCCCCUGGGACUCCUGGACGCAGGGAGCUGUCACUGUCCUGGAUGUGUCCCUGCCCUCGGAACAGGUCCCKUCCGAGGACAUCCCCGUGACAGCCGAGCCUGGAGCUCCCCACGUGUGUCCCAGAAGGGUCCCCGACGCUGCUCCUGUGCCCCCGGGCCAGGCCCCCUCUGCAGCAGCCAGAGCUCCCCCCGUUCCGGUCCCCGGUGCUGUCGCCGUCCUGCUCACGCAACGAUCCGGACCGGAGCCUCCCGUCACUUCCCGGCCCCCCAGAAGGGGAUCCCGCGUCGCCCGGACCACACGACCCCGGCCAGCCCCGCCCGAGCCCCCGGCUCCRCCCUCGGCCAAACCCCCGGAGCCCCCAACGCCGGCACCAUCGUUGUCCCGCGGGGCCAGGACGGAGAUCGGYGCCCAAACGUCGCCCUUCUCUCGCCGCAGCCCGGCAUCGGUGCAGACUCGCAGACCCUCCCGCGGCGUGGCUGUGCCCAUCUCGGGUGUCCCCAGGCUGGGUGCCCGCCGCGAUGCCGCUCGCUGGGUCACCCCCGAGGUGAAGGUGGUGAAUGUGACCACCGACCCCGAGUGGGCGCGUUCCUACUGGCGCGGCCGGGGCUCCGACCUGGCGGUGUCGAGGUGCUGGCAACCCACGYUGCGGCCCCAGCAGGUCUUCCCGGUAGCCGCACGGACCACCAGGGGCCAGCCGCAGCUGUGUGACCCCUGGCUGGCUUCGGCUGUGCUUGCGCCCGGUGUCACCGUGCGCUGGGGYGGCAGCGAGAGGCGCGGGAGAGGCGGACCGAUCGGGGAGCAGGAGGACGAGGCGGUGAAGAAGGCUGAGAGGGAGCUGAAACCCAUCCUCCGCUACCCGGAGUGCCGGAUCGGAGACGACGAAUGA